GAAAAUUUUGAAAAUUUGUAAGAAUAAAGACAUUAAAAUAAAAGCAUUGAAAUGACAUGAAUUAGGGGUUAUGGUGUAGAGAAGAAGAACGUGAAGGAAAGCAAAGCAUGGCUGGAAUUGUAAACCUAAGAAUCGGAGGAGGAGCCCCGUCGUCAAUCCUGAGCACGUCACACCGUUCCCAAUUCACCAAACAGUUUGACUCUGUUGACCAAAAAUGGAGUCUUUUGCACCACAAUUUCAACGCCAACGCCAGAUUCACUUGCCUCUUCUCAGACAAGAACAAAAAAGAGGAUCAAGCUAGAAAGGCAUUAGAAGGUGCACUAAGUGGGAAGAAAGUUGAAUUUGACAAGUGGGACAAAGAAAUCAAAAGACGAGAAGAGGUUGGCGGAGGAGGAGGUGGCACCAGUGGUGGUGGAGGAGGUUGGUUUGGGUGGGGUAGAUGGUUUGGCUGGUCUAAUGAUGAUAAUUUUUGGCACGAAGCAAAACAAGCAAGUCUUACUAUACUCGGCAUCGUUCUUAUAUAUCUUCUAGUUUCAAAAGGUGAUUUGAUCCUUGCCAGCAUCAUCAAUCCAUUGCUGUAUGGGCUUCGUGGAGUGAGAAAUGGAUUCGGUCUCACAGCAUCAGGCGUUUUGACAAAUAGUUCUAACCGUGAUCAGCCUGAUUUUGACGGCUCUUUGAAGAAGGAAGGUUACAAAAGUGCUUCUGCUAAAGAGAAUGUCAUAAGAAAAUGGGGUAGUGAUUAGUAUUUAGUGGAUUACUUGUUUGUCACAGGUUAGGUAUCAUCCCUUUUAGACCAGAACGAUAUUUCUAUCACCCCUUCAUUGUUCCGUGCUGUAUGUUGUUAGUGUGGCGAUUAUUGUUAUAACACAAAAGGUUUUGUCUUUGCUUGGCAUCUGAAUAAUUAAUUUUGGUUAUCCCGAGAAUUUA